GUCAAGAGGCUGGAGAGGCUCUGGUUUAUGGCAUGACCUCACCUUCAUUAAUGGUGCUGAUUGGUAGAUCUCAGUUUCUUGACGUCAAGGCGGCCAUGAUGAAGACGGUGACAAUGAUGACAACUCUACUCUACAGACUGGGCGCCCUCCUCUUUCUCCUCUUCUCCCUCUCCCCCUCUAUUACCUCAGGGAACAGACUAAUACGGACAGAAAAGGGGACCCUCAGGGGAACUGAGACCGUCGUCAACGGCAAGACAAUAGAUAUGUACCUUGGGAUCCCCUUCGCUGAACCCCCAGUGGGGGACCUGAGGUUUAAACACCCCACGCCCAAUAAACCCUGGACUGGGAUUUUAAACGCGACAAAACAUGCGAACACGUGUAUGCAAGGGGAGGAUAACACGUUUGGAAAUUUUACCGGGUCACAGAUGUGGAAUCCCAAUACCCCUGUGAGUGAGGACUGCUUGUAUUUGAGUGUGUGGGCCCCCAGGACUAAAACACCGAGGAGGAAUCUAGCUGUGCUUGUUUGGAUCUUUGGUGGUGGUUUUUACAGCGGUACCUAUACUCUAGACGUUUAUGAUCCAAAGUACCUAGUAGCUGAACAUGAUAUUAUAUAUGUUACUAUGCAAUACAGAGUAGGAUCUCUAGGCUUCUUGGCUUUUGGUCACCCGGAGGCGCCAGGAAACGCUGGCCUCUUUGACCAACUUCUUGCUUUGUCUUGGAUUCAGGAAAAUAUUCACCAUUUUGGGGGAGAUCCAAGGAACGUGACACUGUUUGGUGAAAGCGCUGGAGCAGUGAGCGUGAGCAUGCACCUGCUGUCACCACUGAGUCGCGGGAAGUUCAGUCGCGCUAUCAUGGAAAGCGGUUCGGCGAAUAUGGAUUGGGCUACAUACUCCAGCAAAGAGGCUAUGUUAAGGGGUCUACAACUUGCAGAUCUUAUGGACUGCAAGGUUUCUAGUGAUAUCAAAGAAAUUGUUGAUUGUCUAAGGCAGGCACCAGCUGAACAUUUCAAGGACAUGGAAUGGGUCACCACAGGACCAAUGCAGUUUCCCUUUGUCCCUAUUGUAGAUGGCACUUUCUUCACUGAAAGGCCGCAAAAGUCUCUAGAAGAUAAAAACUUCAAACACUGCCCAGUUCUGCUGGGGAGUAAUUCGGACGAGGGUUCGUAUUUCACUAUCUAUGAGCUUCCACAGUAUCUCAACCUAACGGAACGUGGGGCACUGACUCAAGAGCAAUUUUCAAACGCCGUAAAUAAUCUAUUCUAUUUCUACCCUCAGUUUCGAACGACGAUCAACAAAUUCGGUUUGGAGGCUAUUAAGUUCCAAUAUACACAUUGGCUUAACCCGGACGAUGCGUAUAAACAUCUGGACGCUGUGAAUGAUGCUAUUGGGGACUGGCAUUUUCUCUGUCAAGUGAAUGAAUUCGCGGAUUCGUAUGUAGAAGCGGGCCAGGAUGUCUACUAUUAUUUUUUCUCACAUCGGUCUUCCCAGAAUCCCUGGCCAAGAUGGAUGGGUGUCAUGCACGCGGAUGAAGUGAAUUAUGUGUUUGGAGAGCCCCUGAAUCCUGCUUUAAAAUACUCUGAAAAAGAAAGGGAACUUAGCAAACAAAUAAUGGAAUAUUGGGUGAAUUUUGCAAAAACUGGGAACCCCAACCAUUUUCCAUCCGGCGAGAUCAAGAGCGACUGGCCGAAGAGGACGGUUCGCAAUAAGGAAUACCUGGAACUCAACACUAAGUAUCUGUACGACAAACAGCGGGCAGUGGGGCGUGGUCCUCGGGCCAAACACUGUGCAUUCUGGGAGCAUUAUCUACCCAAACUCGUCGUAGAUACACAGGACAUUCACGAAGCAGAAAGACAAUGGAAGGAGCAGUUUCAUGAGUGGAGCACUCGGUAUAUCGUGGACUGGAAACAUCAGUAUGACCAGUAUAUGACAGCACAGAACAUGAAAUGUGGAGGGGAAGGAGGCGAGACCUGAAGAGGGCACCACCUGUUAGCGGUUACAUUUAUUAUAAACUUUGAUGACAUUGACGCCCGCUGUGAGGCAUUGAUGAAUACACGAUAGAUGGCGCCAGUGCGAUAGUGAUGAAGAUGAUCUCCUGUGUUAUCAAGAUAUGGUUUUGUUAUCAUCGUGAAUCACAUAUUACAAUGUAGUUAGUGUUUUGGGUUCCGUGUAAUGAGACGCUUGAGUCAAGUUUAAGUUCACUUUAAUAUGUCGUUCACACAUUAAUCCAGAUCGGUAUGUACUGGAACUGUGCUGAGCAAAGUUCCCGGAUGAUAAUAGUGAUAUCGUCUUCAAUCACUGCGUGGCUGUUCACUGGCUCAAGUCUCUCAUUAUUUUUACCCCUCACAGUAACGUGUGCGUCUUGCCAUGUGGCAUUGCUCCUUUAAGUUAGUGAAAUACCGUAGUUGUGGAAAACUGAGGUCAAAGUAUCCAUUAUGGAAGGCAGAUUAUAUAAUUUAGGUCCUUUUGUAUCAAAUAUAUUUAUGUAAAAUUAGCAAAGAAUAUUUGAAAUUUUAUAACGAUUUAACGCAUACUCUUACUGUUAGACCGCCAAAACCCCAGUGGAAGUCGCAUCUAAGAAAAGUAAGGCAGCAGAUAAAUUUGGAAUCAAGAUUUUUUAAACUUCAUUUUUUUCGAGCUUAAAUAGACUCCAAUAGGUGCAAAUUGUGACAUGGUCACAGAGCGUCUUCCAGUUGUUGCAUUUUGCGUAGAUGCAGGUCCAAGUUUUGUUCAUUCGGCUAUGCACCGUUCGUCAACAAUUGACGUUCGGUUGGCGUUCAAAGCCUGUUGGUUCAGUUUCACCCUGACCCACAAGACACAACAUAGCGGGCUGAGUUCCUCAUCCAAAAGAGCCUACCUCGAUUUGAAACAAAGUCGUUUCUAAAUGUUGUAUCUAUAUGAUAUAUUCAAGUCAUUUCACUCAACUCGUACUAAUAUACUAUAGUGCGGGAUUGUUGGAGAAGUUCAUUCAUUUUUUGAAGGUCGAUGUGAAAAUUGGAGUGGAAGGAAUAAAAAUCGAUCGCUUUCCUGGUCAGGAACAUGUGGCGUGAUUCCCUACAACCCUCAAAGACUGGCAAGAAAGAUGAGAAAAUAGGCAUAAGACGAGCGAUCACACCCCCAGUCACGUGAUCACUCCAGCGCGAGCUGGCCGCGAAGAUAGCAGAUAGGUGGCGGUUUCCUACGUAUUUCCUGUUUGGCUGAAAUAUUGACGGCAUCAACGAAUUCAGGUUCUCGUGGAAUACAUUGCCUGUACAACAAUUGAGAAACGUUACAAAACCGGCCUAUAGAUGGAGUAAUUACCUGUGUAAAAUGCAGUGUAAUGGUCUGUGCAGCCUUCCGUCAGGUACAGAAAAAGUCAAAUUAUGUCGAAAACGGUGACAUUUAAUAAGCAUUUGGUCUACAUGAAAAUAAAAUGUUUCGGCAGCAAUAUAUAUACAUGAGUUUAGCUUAUAUUUAUUACUAGUUAGUGCUGCAUAGUAGUUAUUGCAAGAUGUUAAAAACUGAUCUAAAGAGUGAGAAGUCGGGACAUUUUUACGAUGGAUUACGGGAAAGUUAAAAAAACGUUACGCAGUUGAGUGCGUGUUUUUACAAAUUCAGUUUUAGGACAUUAAACUGUUAUUUAAGUUGGUGGUUUUCAAUAUGUUAUUGUCCAUGCACAAAUACAAACCACUCAUGAAAACGUAUAAUUGAGACUGUUAUAUAGUAUAGCUGACCAGCAGACUAGAAGUGCUGCGUUUAAAAAUUAUUGUUAUAUUUAAUAUGUAUGGCAAAUUUGGAGAGCUGAUAAAAUACGCAUUAUUUUAGCUCACAUUUCAUUUACUGGUAUUCAUGGUUUUAAGAAUCUUCGGAAUAAAGUUUGCUAAACUUCGCACGCUUUAUUUACACAGGGCUUUGUAAAACGCAAGUCAAAUACAUGUAAGAGUUCAAACAAUUUGCUUGUCCAUGUAUAUUAGGUGUUUUCAUGCCGAUCUUUUUUCUACGUUCAUUAAAGAUAUUUAUUUGUGCUUUGAGAAUUUAAUAUUCAGGGAUUAAAAAAUAUUUGAGGAAAAAGGAUAAUUCUGUAUAAGAGAAAUAAUUCAAGUUUGAAAAGAGUUUUAUAGAUUGUUGAUAGUCACAUUUAACUACGUUAUCGCUUGACUUAUUUUGGUAGAAGUAAAAUGG